CAAAGAUGUAACCAAACACGUUCACUUCAUUAUCUGGACAUUGAAAAUAUUACAGCCUCUCAGAGUGGAGAAUAUCUUUGCUUUGUAUUUUUCUUAGAUAAAGGUGUCUAUAAAUGGAAAAGAGUAAAUAAAACAGUUAUCCAAGUUACCAAUGGAGAGACAAAGCCUACUGACCGUAUUUCUUCUAUUGUCCUUGGAACCAUUGGAGGACUUGUUGCAGUUGGUGCUAUUCUGUGUCUCAUGAUACUUUGCAUAAAAUAUAAAGGGAAACAGAGAAGAGCAAAUCACAGCCAUUCCAACACACUGCCCACA